CUCAGCGGAAGGGCGCACUCGGCCGGCCGACAGAAGGAGUCGCCGUGCGCGCCGCCGCGUCUGAAAGCCGCAGCCCCCCGCGGCCCCAGCUGGGUUGCGUCUGCGUCCCUCUCUCCCCGCUCGGCCCUGUCCCUCCGCUUCGGCUCACAUCUGCUCCCCCUCCUCGCACCGCAGACCGCAGUGGCGGCGGCGCGGCCGGCGGGCGGAGACCACCCCUCGAUCCAGGGCCUCCUCCAGGUCGCGUCCUUUGACCUCGUGCCUAGCCCGGAAAGCAAAGGGAAGUUCACGGACUCUGGGACCCCAAGCUUUCAGAUUGAAAGGAGGAAUUUCCCAAAUUUUCUAGAGCGAGAAUACACCCUGAGCCUCGCAGCGGAAGUCCGCAGCCACGGAGAACCGGACUCUGCAAUGUUGGCUGGCUACAAGGCACAGUGGGAGAAAGAAGACAUCGUCUCUGGAAAAAACAGAGCUUUACUAAGGUUUUUGUCCUGUUGAUUUUGGUUUUCACGACUCCUUUAGCAAGACCUGUUACUUAAGCGGGUCAGAUUCUGGUGUACGUCAUGUCUGAUUUCGAAGAUGCCGACACAGAAGAGACAGUAACUUGUCUCCAGAUGACUGUUUACCAUCCUGGCCACCAGCAAAAUGGAAUAUUCCAAUCAAUAAGGUUUUUUAACCGAGAAAAACUCCCCUCCAGCGAAGUGGUGAAAUUUGGCCGAAAUUCCAACACCUGUCAUUAUACCUUUAAGGACAAACAGGUUUCCCGAGUUCAGUUUUCUUUGCAGCUAUUUAAAAAGUUUGAUAGCUCAGUUCUCUCUUUUGAAAUUAAAAAUAUGAGUAAGAAGACCAAACUGAUUGUGGACAACAAGGAGCUGGGCUACCUAAAUAAAAUGGACCUGCCACACAAAUGCCUCGUUAGGUUUGGGGACUAUCAGUUCCUGAUGGAGAAGGAAGAUGGAGAGUCAUUACAAUUUUUUGAGAUUGAAUUUUCUUUGUCGACAAGACCACUCUUGCAAGAAAACAACUGGCUGCCACAGAAGCGCAUACCUGAGUGUGGCAGUUAUUCAUCCUGUUCCACCCAAAACAAUUCUCCUAUAGAAAUGGGUGAAAAUGAAUGGUAAACGCACAGGGCUAAGGGAAUCAUGAAGGAUGAAGAACUCUGUAGACACUUUACAGACAUUCCACUUAUUAAGAGUUUCUUAGUGUAGUAUAUUACUGUCAUCUAUUACUUUGUCAAAUUUGAGAUCUGGUGUUAUCAUUUGAAGUCUGUAACUUGUGUUAGUCAUUGAUUUAGUCACCUGUUGCAUUGCUGGAUAUGUGAAGAAUUACUGUACAUGUACAUCUGUGAGCAUUAAUGUACAAAUAGUAUCCUUUGUGAUGAAGGAAUAGUAUUCUCAAAAUAUGGUUAUGUUACUUUCUUCUUAUGCCUGAUUUUGGUCCUAUGUUUUAUAUUGUUUCAUUUUGGUUUGUAAGUUUUGGUUUGGUCAUAUUAUUUCACAGUAGUCAUUUGUUUUCAAGGUCAGGGCUACAAACAAGUUAUUAUGGGUGUUGUAGCCUGUUGGUACUUGUACCAGAGCAUUGGAACAGAGCAUCAUGUUUUUUAGUGUGUCAUUGUGGUUUUAAUAUGGGAAGACUUAUUUGAGCAAUAAUACCUUGAUUUUCUGUUUUUUUUCUCUAUAGACUUGUACUGUUUAUUCCCAAGAAUACCGCUUUCCUUAUCUGUAUUCAGUAUCUAAAACCAAUAUUUUAAACAUUCUAACAAACCACUGUGUUAAGCUUAGAAUUCUUUUUCUUUUUCCUUUUUUUUGGCUGCACCACAUGGCUUGUGGGAUCUUAGUUCCCGACCAGGGAUUGAACCCCGGCCUCUGGCAGUGGAAGUGCCGACUCCUAACCACUGGACUGCCAGGGAUUCCCAAUUUUUCAUUUUUAUUACCAAAUUUUAAAUAGUUUUUUAUGUACUACAGAGUUUUAAAUUCCAUGAAUUCAAAAUUUUAGCAGCAUCCAUAUAUGUAAUAAAGUCAAAGUUUAAUUCUCUAACCAUUUUCUUUGAAACUCUGAAGAAAGGGAGGAACUGUUUUUAGACUGCUCUUAAGGGAGGACUGCAGUAGGCCGCAGGCAGAGGCUGUGGCUGGGGAUUCAGACACAUCCAGCUGUGCCCCUCAAUGUAUAUUGGCUCCAUUAUUUGUUCCUCACCCCGCAUGGAGGCACAUGGCCACCAGUAGCUCCCAAGUUCUAUAUGUUACCGAUCACCCACCCAAAGAGAACCUUAUCUUCCAAUUCCAGUCCAAGAGAAGGGUCAGCUUGUGUCAGGUGCCCACCCAUCUACCAACCAACUUGGCACAGGUCACGUUAAAUAAUGGCUGCUCCAGUCAGUGACCAUGUGGAUAAAAAAAGAGUUUUCUCAAAAAAUGGCCACAGUGGGGUGUGGGUGAGGGCAAACAAAAAUGUUGGUGUUUGAUACUAGGUACUGCAGCUAAGUUGUGAGACUCGCUGUUCAUCUCUUAAGGACUCACUUGUCCCAGGAAACUGAUUUUUCUUGGGCUCUUUAAGUAAAGGGGUGUAUUAAUUGGUGCCAGUGUUACAGUCAUAGGCAGUCUCUUCUUGAACCUGCAACUUUAUGACAAGGGGGUGCUUUCCAAUGGUGGAAUCUCAUAUGCUAUGUGAUUAUAUAACCAUAUUCUAGAAGAUUCUGUCUCUACUAUCUACUGCAUUGACUGACUUGAAGAAGCAUUACUUUUAGGCUCUAACAUGAGUGUAGUAUUAAUUUUAAUAUGCCCUGUGGAAAAAUUAGCUAUAAUCUUUACUACUAGGAGAUAACUGUUGUUCACAUUUUGUGUGUAUAUAUUUAGUAGCUGAUUCCAUGUUAUCUCAUGGCCCUUUUAACAUUUCCAGUUCUCUAACACUUGUUUAAUUCCUUACAGUAAUUGUUAUCAUCUGUUAAAAUAACAGGUAAGGUUACUAUUUUACUUUCUGGAGCCUGAUUGAAACAAUUAGAUCUUCCAUUUCAGGUGAUGACGGAGGAUAAGCACUUGGAAAAUUGUGAUUGGAAUUUACUGGGCUUCUAGUUGGUAUGAGUUGUACCCAAGUCCAAUCACUCAUCAUUCUACUAAACAACCUACAUGAAAAUAUUUAUUUGGCCAGGUAUCUCUCUAAGCGAUGCAUUUAGGGCAGGGACACUGGUGAAAAAAAUAGGAAAGCAGUGGUUUUAGCACUGAUGCUGGUUUCAACAUUUUGUUGCUGGUGGAAGGCCACUGAGGGACUAGAGAUGAGCCAGUUUGGCAUUGCUUACUAGCAUCUUCAUAGAAGAGAUCAUCGCGAGAUGCAGGGGAACACAACGGCUUUCUUAAUACUGUUAGUGGAAUCAUUUCUCAAAAACCCAAAUCAAGGUAGUAAUAUUUUAAAACAGGAAACUUCUGGGGUUAGACAGUCAAAAUAAGGUGUGACAUGGGAAUUCCCUGGCGGUCCCGUGGUUAGGACUCCACGCUUCGGCGCAGGUUCAAUCCCUGGUCUGGGAACUAAGAUCCCCACAAGUUGCACAAUGCUCCAAUUACUGGAAAGAAAAAUAAAAGCAGGCAUAAUUCCUGGUUAUACCAUUUUAAAAGUUCUAGCAUCUUAAAACCCUCACACAACUCCACAUACCCUCCAGUUACCCCAUUUCUCUGCUCUGACCGCAACUUUUCAAAUAAUUGUCUACACUGGCCAUUCUUUAUUCUUCACCCCUUACAAGAUACAUCUCAGUUUCCAUCCCUUCAUUUGAAAAAAUGGAACAUGCAAUAUUCAUGUUCCCAAGCCCAGCUGAUGCACCUGCCCUUUCUCUCAGUGCCCAAGCAGCAUUUGAUAUCAUUGACUCCUCUCUUUCUGGCUAUGGUGACACCACAUUCUUUGGUUCCUCGAAUUCCUCCCCUAUCUGCUUCUUUUGGCCUGUUCUCUACCCCCGACUUCUGAAGGGCAACACUUAAUUGGGCUUCUCUGCCUGUCUGCUUCCUCAGGGAGAUCUCAGCUGGAAUAAUUACUUAAAUUACUAUUUACCUACUACUGACUCCUAAACUUGUAC